ACAACAUGAAUAUAUUAUACGGAUAGAAAUAGAAUCAAUUGCAAAUUUGCCAUUCUGACACUUUUUUUCUUUCACAUCAUUAGUAGGGUUUGCUUGAAAAGUUUCCGAUUGAAGCCUGCAAUUAAGAAAGGAACAGAGCAACAACAAUAUGGGUAGUUUGCUUGACUCAUUUGGUACCAAAUGACUUGUUUGCUGUAAGGAAAAAACAGUAUAUGAAAUAUUUCGUCCAUACGAAAUUCUCAAAUGACUUUAAUGAGAUAUUUCCAAAUGCCUCCUAUACAAUAUGAGUCAUUUCUAAAUGACUCAUUAUUUAGUCUAAAUGAUCCAACUAUGUCCUUGCCUAUUCUAUGUAAACCCACUCUUAUCAUUCUCUUUCAAUCAUUUGUUUUCUAUAUCAUUGCUCCGUCUCCUCUCGGAAUUAUUUUUUCUUUCUCCCGAAUUUCAUUAACGGUGAAGAGGGCCGGUCAUCUACGUAACGACGCAUCAUUUUUGUUCUCAAACACUACCAUUUGUAAUUAGCUUAAAAUUUGAGACUUAUGAAGGCGUUCUCAAACACUACCAUUUGUUGUUUGCAAAAUAAUUUUUUUUAUGUGGUUGGUUUUGUUAGAGUAGAAAAUAAAAUAACGAAACAUAUUACAUGUAAGGGCAAAAUGGUAACAGUAUACAAAUAACUCAUCUAAAAAUGUCUCAUCUAAAAACUUUUAAACAAACAAUGCAUUUCUAAUGCCUACAUUCUUAAAUGUCUACAUUUCUCAAAUGCCUGUAUUUAGACAAGGUGGCGUCUUCUGUGCACUCACUUUUUUGGGUGCAUUCAGUGCACUCACUUCAUAACCGUCAUUUUAAACAUGCGAUUUAUGUCAAAAUGAUGUCAAUCAUCACUUAUGAUGUGAUGAACAAUAACACACAUGAAUUUGCACAAAAACUAUUGAAGAUUUACUUUAAUUUGAAGGAUUUAGAGUUAGAGAUUUAAGGUUAGGGUUAGGGUUUACAAUUUGGGGUUUAGGGAUAGAACUCAAAAUUGGAGGUCUAGGGCUUAGGGUAAUCCACUAAUUAGUUGUUAUCAUAUGUUAUAUCAUCAUAUUACACUAAUUCUACAAAUUAAAAUUCAAAAUCCGACAUCUUAAGACUAGUUUUUGAGUUGGGUGCAUUGAACGCACUCAUUUUUGUGAGUGCACCGAAAUAGUCACCAUUUAGACAAAUGACUCAGGCAAACGAAUCCAAUAUAUAUGAUUCUUUUUUCGCAGGGUUCCAGGCUUCCAGCCACAUGUUCAAACUCCCUUACAAAUUACUACUACUAACAACUCAACGUUAAUUUGAUGACAUGUCAUGCUGUGUGACAAAAUAAGUCAUUUCCUUUUUUUUUUUUACUGACAGCGGAGUGAACAGAAAUUUUACAAAGCUACAAAAUGUUGUAGCUCCAUGGUUCACAUGUUGCACUAAAUAUACAUAUACUUCUUUCCCUCCCUCCCCUACAAAAAGGACAUCUUCGAAGUCCUUAGAUCUGCAGCUAUAUCGAGCAACUUCAUUCCUUCGCCCUUCUUCGCAGUCAGAACAUAUUGUAUAACCUGAAUGGCGGCACAGGAUCACGAUCGAGACGACCACGUUCAGCUGCAAGUUCUCACCGGUCAAGAACCCGCUGCCGCCGCCGACCCAUCUCCACAGCAGCAACAGCAACAACUCGUCGUCGUCCCCAAAGCCAAACAAAUCAAGUGGUGGCUAAAAGUCCUCACCUACUCCACAAUCAUACUAACCUCCCAAACCGCCGUCGUUUUACUUGCAAGGCUCUACUUCGUCAAGGGCGGAGCCAGCAAGUGGCUCGUCACCACCGUCCAGCUCGCCGGCUUCCCUCUCCUCAUCCCUUACUACCUCUACCACCUCACCACCAAAAACCACGCCGUCGACGGUGGUGACCGGCGACAACCGUCUUCAAACUUGACACAUGGAGCUUUUUACACGAUCGUCGGCCUCCUCGUCGGCGGGAGCACCACGUACCUCUACUCCACGGGGAUCGACUACCUCCCCGUCUCGACGUCGACGCUCAUCGCGUCGUCGCAGCUGGCGUUCAACGCCUUCUUCUCCUACUUCCUCAACGCCCAAAAGUUCACUCCGCUCGUCGUCAACUCGCUCUUCCUCCUCACCGUCUCCUCCGUCCUCCUCGUCUUCGCCGGGGACCCCGCCGCUGACCCCAGGGGGAUCACCAGGGCAAAGUACACGGUCGGGUUCCUCUGCACCCUCGCCUCCGCGGCGGCGUCGGGGAUGUUCUUCUCCAUCUCCGAGUACGCCUUCAGGAAAGUUCUCAAGGUGCAGAGCCUGAAGGUGGUGAUGAACAUGCUGAUGUUUCAAGGGAUGGUGGCGAGCGGGAUCGGCGCGGUGGGGCUGUUCGCCAGCGGCGACUGGAAGGGACUCGGGAAGGAGAUGGAAAACUACGAGCUCGGGAAAGUUGGCUACGUGAUGACGUUGGUUUGGACCGGCGUGACGUGGGAGCUCUUCGCGGUGGCAACGAUGGCGUUGGUCUUCGAGGUGAGCUCCGUCUUCUCCAACGCCGUCGGCACCGUGGGGCUGCCGCUGGCGCCGAUCAUGGCGGUGGUGAUAUUCGACGACAGGAUGAGCGGUGUCAAGGUGGUGGCGAUGGUGCUGGCUCUCUGGGGCUUCCUUUCGUACCUCUGCCAGCAGUACUUGGACGGCCGUGAGAGUAAGGAGCAGGAGUAAAGGUAGCGUGGAUAGGGGUGGCAGUUCGGUUACCGGUUAUCGAAGUAACCGAACUUCGGUCGGUUAUCGGAGGCUGGACGAAAUGGUUUUUGUUCUUAAAAGUGGUUCGGUUGGUUAUCGGUUUUCGGUAGGGGGAGUGGUUAUUUCUGUUAACCGAUAACCGACCGUUUGUUACCGGUUAUAACCAAAAUAACACCCCUAAACGUGGACUAUUCGUGUUGAUCGUUGGUAAGAAAUAUAAACGAGGGGAGCUAAAAAUUUAGGUUUUCGAACUUGUUACGAAAUCUUUAUAUGUAAUUUUACACGAUUUGUAGAGCUGAGGCGGGGCUAGGGCUUUCGUUGGGGGCUUAACAUGACUCUGCCACUGUCGAUUAGUACUAUAAUGUUGUUGUUUGACGAGCACUUCUACUAUACUAUAUAGUUUUGGUGUUUUACUUUUAAUGUACAACUUGAAGUUGUACCAUAACAUUAAAUGUAUAAGUUUAGGUUGUACCAUAAAGAAAUUUGUACAAUUAUGUUAUGGUACAACUUUAUAACUUGAAGUUGUAUCAUCACAUAAAUGUACAAAUUUAAGUUGUACCAUAAAAAAAUUUGUACAAAACGUAUAGGUACAAGUUGAAAUUGUAUCAUAACGUUAAAUGUACAAUUUCAAAUUGUAACCAUAAAACAAAAACUUAUAGCACUUAUAGUAUUGUAAAAUUCUUUGACGUUCUUUGUUUGCUUGGUGUAUUAAUUAUAUUGUUUUCUAUGGACGGAAUAUUACUCGUUUUGGACUUUUGGUGUUAUCAUCCGAUUUCCUUUUUCUCUGCAAUAAUGCUAGGAAAAUACAAAGGGAUUCUAAUCAGUGGAGAUGUUGACCGCCAUUAAUUAUUGUAAAUGGAGCCUCCAUUUAAUGGUGUGAAUUUAAAGGCCGACAAUGACUUAUCUAGGGGUUUUUAGCAUGUAUGUUUAAAAGUUCAAUAUGUUACGUAACAUUUAACUAUAAAAAUUAAGGGUUAAUACAUUAUUUUGGUCUGAAUUAUGACUAUAUAAUCAACUUUGGUCGGUGCUUUAAGAAAUUAACAUCUUGGCCGUCGUCAAUUUGGACGGUCAAAACCGUUAACCGUUAGUCAACACGACAUGUCAUCCUAAAAAUCAUUAAAAAUUUUCAAAAUUAAAUUAUUUUUCUAAUUUCUAUUAUUUAUCAUUAUCAAAUUAACCAAAAAAUAAAAUUAUAAAAAUAUAUAAUAAAUUUAUUUUUUUGGUUAAUUUGAAAAUGAUAAAUUUUAUAAAUUAACCACAAAUUAUCAGAAAAUUUAAUUUUUUUAAAUUUUAGCAAUUUAAUUAGCGGGGCGGGUAUUAUCAGUUACCAUACUCGUACCCUACCCGCAUUUUUACAACCGGGUAUUACUCAUACCCGGCCCUUAACCCGUCAAAGCGGGUAAUUACCCACGUUGACCGGUUACGAUCGGGUAGGAUACCCACAGUUUCGAGUUGGAUUGUCAUCCCUAAGUAAAAUGUAGUACUGCAAAAUCAAAUCCCAUAAUUGUAAUUUGGAAAGGAGAUAUCUAAUGGUCCACAUUGUAAAUGAGUGAGAGGGAAAUACAAAACUUAGGAGAGAGUUUACCGAUUAUUUGGUAGAUAACUGAAUUUUUUUUUGGGCUAGUGUGGAUUUUCAUAUGUGCCAUUAAAACAUUUUUCAAAUUUUCUUCGGUAAUUAACGGAUCAUAGGACAUUCGUUUUUCAUCGAAUUUAACAUUUUGUGUAAGAAUAUAUUUUUCUUUUAUUCUCUAUAAGAUGAUAUCCAUUUUGACAUUUUCUGACAAAAAAAUGUUUCACAUCUUCUUAUCACCGUCAUAUCAAGAUAUUAUUUCUGUGAUAAUAUAGUGUGAUAUGAAAGUGAUAAAAUGAUAAUGCCUGUCUUAUAACCAUAAUUAAGGUUGAGUCCAAUG